GAAGUUACUCAUCAAGACUUUGUAGAUCCAAAAAGUUUGUCUCAGGAUGAUCAGAAUAGUCCAGCUGUUGUGUCUUGCUGGCCUUCUUCUACAGUGUGAAGGUCAGGGUCUCCAAACAUGCCUCACUCACAACACGUACAGACCGGCAGAUAACUCCGAUAUGACAGUGGUGUGUGGAACCGAUUAUAUGUUUUUAAGAGUUUACAUUUGCCCAAUGUAUUUUGGGGGAUACAACGAAUCACUAAUGGCUCUCAAUGCCAAGUUUAACAUCCCGGCCUGCCGUGGAGUAGCGGACUGGACCGUCAAUCCUCCCGUCUUGCUUUUUAACUUCUCAAUCUCUCAGGAGGCGCUCACCCUUUGUGGCAACAAUAUGAACAUUACAAGUCAAGUGGGAUCAGGAGUAUUCUCAGACUUCUCCCAAAUCCAGUCGGUUAAUGUCUCUGGAUUAAUCAAUUCCUGGGACCCGAGCACCACCACUAUCACUUACAGGCAACAACUGAUGUACCAGUUUUCAUGUCUGUAUCCACUGCAGUAUUUAGUCAACAACACUGAGCUGAGCGUGUCAGGAGUGAGUCUAGCAGUAAAGGACAACAAUGGCACAUUCAUCAGCACUCUAAGCAUGGCUCUUUACAGUAGUGCCAACUAUACUACCAAACUCCAAAUACCAGGAUCCGGGCUGCAGCUGAAAACUCGCAUAUAUGUGCAGGUCAAGGCAACAAAUCUCACAAACAAGUUCAAUGUGUUGCUGGACCGUUGCUAUGCCACAACAAGCCCAUAUCCAACCAGCAGCACCUCUUAUGAUCUUUUUGUUGGAUGUAUUCGUGAUGCCCAGACAAAGAUUGAUUGGAAUGGGAUAUCCCAGGAAGCUCACUUCUCCUUUGAGGCUUUCCGCUUUGUGGAACACAAAAACUUGACCGUCUCCACUUUCUACCUGCAUUGUGCUACCCGACUCUGUGAGAACUCCACUUGCGCCUCCUUGCUUCCGAAAUGCGUUAGGAAAAGAGAAGCAGAAUCUCCAGAGUACAACUCUACAACUGAUGUUGCCAUGGUCUCCUCAGGACCAAUCAGAACCAGAGUUGACAACGGUGGCCUUGUGACCACAAGACUUACCUCAUCAGCGCCCAUCCCUCAGCUGACGUAUGUUGGUGUAGCCACUGGCCUGCUGAGCUUCUUUCUGUUUGACUGGUUGUCUACAUUUGGACUUGCACAGUGAUCUCCAUCAGGAUUUGGGAAUUCCUCAUCACUUGAUUAGAAGAUAUCUCACCUGUUCCAUAAAUGUGAGAAAAAAUAUUGUAUGUCAGUUAUUAGCACCUCUAUUUUCCAAUUUAAUGUGGUAGAUAGACUAUUGUUUUGCAAUUUUUAUUUUCUUCUGUUCAAUGAUCUUCUAUGAGAACAAGAAAAAAGAAACAUAUCCAAUUUGUAGUUUACAUAUUUUUGUUCUAUAAUGCAUGUAACACUGCUUUGGGGGAAAAUGUAUGCACUAUGAAUGUAACAGUUUUACGUUUAAACAA